AUGGCACCCGCACGCAUCCUCGACAGCCCGCCUGCUAAGCUUUCCUCGGCCGUCGAAAAACCAACUGUCUACAUGCUCGAUACGUUCCACCCGGCCGCAGUUGCCUUUUGCCAGGCGCGCUUCAACACUAUACUCCCCGAUACUCCAGAGCACGCCCAAUGGCGUCAAAAAGCGAAGUACCUCCUGAUCCGUUCCUCUUACCUCACCGCUGAGGAUAUCGAACAAUGCCCCAACCUUCUGGCCAUCAGCAAGCAAGGCGUCGGCAUCGAUAAGAUCGACGCAGCAACGUGCGCAGCUCGCGGCAUCAAGAUCUUCAACACCCCUGGAGUCAAUGCCCAGGCGGUUGCCGAGCUCGUGCUCACACUUACCACGGCGGUCGCGAGGGAGGUGUGUUCUAUCAGCGUGCGUCAAGCUUCUGGCAAGCGAGUGCCGAAGGAGACCUGCUCAGGGCUGAUCCUGCACAACAAGACAAUUGGUAUCCUAGGCAUGGGAAAUAUUGGAAAAACCGUGGCCAAAAUGUUUCGAGGAGCAUUCGACGCGCCCGUAGUAGCAUACGACCCCUUCCUUCCGCUAGAUGCCUGGCCAGAACUCCCGCACACCCGCGCCUCAACAGUUGAAGAAGUACUCAAGGUUUGCGACAUCUUGACUAUCCAUGUCCCUCUUACACCUGAGACGAAGCACCUCAUUUCGUACUCGGAGCUACAGAUGAUGAAGAGAACCGCGAUCCUGAUAAACACCGCUCGUGGAGGAAUCGUGAAUGAGAGCGAUCUGGAACAAGGGCUGAGAGACGAGCUGAUCUGGGGUGCUGGCCUGGAUUGUCACGAACAAGAGCCGCCAAGCAAGGAGAAGUAUGAGCUUCUUUGGAAUGAAAGAGUAGUUAGCACACCUCACAUCGGAGCCACAACAGCCCAAACACAGCAAGAGACCGCGACUGCUGCUGUCGCUCGGUUAUACGAUUUUGUUUCGGGGAGGAACCCUGGAAAGUAA